ACAGACAUUCCGUGUGGAUAUGGACAAUAACGGUUUUAGCUCUGAUGAGGAGACAUGUGUCCAGCAUGUUGGACUGUUUCGAGUAGCUGGGAGUACUCCGGCGAUUAAAGUGGAUGUCACACUCAAUGGCUGUCCUGUCUCCAUGGAUGUUGAUACAGGGGCAGCUGUGUCUGUCAUUUCAUGGACUGAUUUAAAGGCAUCGGGUCUGUCCCUGCCGCUAAAACCUACAAAGCUCACGCUACAAACCUACAGCAAGGAACUACUACAGCCCUUGGGUUAUGUAAAGCCCCUUGUUACAUUAGGCAACCACAGUCAAAGUCUACGCCUUUAUGUUGUAAGGAAUGGAGGUCCUCCGCUGUAUGGAAGGGACUGGAUCAAAGCCCUGGGCAUGCCUCCUUUUACCAUUGCCCAAUGUACAUUGCUUUCUAAAGUAGACCAUUGGGUGGAAUCCCUGAAGUCACGUUUUAAAGAGGUUUUUGAGGACUCUUUGGGCACCGUAAAAGGAAAGAUGGCCCACCUCCUCUUGAAGCCUGGUGCUACACCUCGUUUUUGUAAGGCAAGAUCAGUACCUUUUGCCUUGCGGAAAAAAGUGGAAGCAGAGCUGGACCACCUAUUGGCUGAAAAGAUCAUAACGAAAGUGGAUAGAAGUGAAUGGGCAUCACCAAUUGUGCCUGUCAAGAAAAAGAAUGGAGACAUUAGGAUUUGUGGUGAUUUCAGGGUAGCUCUGAACAACCAACUUCUUGUGGAUCAAUACCCAUUGCCUCGACUUGAAGAUUUAUUUGGCUCACUGGCUGGGGGGCAAAAGUUUACAAAAAUAGACUUAAAGCAAGCUUACCUGCAACUGCAAGUACACCCAGAUUCACGCCAUCUGUUGACCAUUAACACUCAUAAAGGAUUAUUCCAGUAUAACCGCAUGGUUUUUCGCAUAGCCCCAGCUCCAGCCAUCUGGCAGCGGAUCAUGGAUGAGGUACUGGCAAGAAUACCUUUCACCCAAUGUCUACUGGAUGACAUGCUCAUCACUGGUCCCACUGAUGAAGAACACAGAAAGAAUGUUGAAGCUGUGCUAGGGAGACUCCAAAAGUAUGGGUUACGUGUUAAUCUGUCAAAAUGCGAAUUUCUCAAGUCUCAACUGGAGUUUUGUGCCCACACGGUGGACCGUCAUGGGUUACACACUACUGAAGAAAAGGUUAAAGCCCUUACCCAUGCCCCUACCCCCCGGAAUGUCACCCAGCUCAGGUCCUACCUUGGCCUCCUAAAUUACUACCACCGUUUCUUGCCGAACCUAGCGCACCAGCUCUACCCAUUACAUCGCUUACUGGAUGCAAGAGCUAAAUGGAUAUGGACAGACAAAUGUGAAGAAGCUUUUCGGCUUUCUAAAGAACUCAUUCUGUCUUCUCGAGUUCUGGUCCACUAUGAUUUAAAGAAGCCCGUCAUCCUGGCUUGUGAUGCCUCGCCUUAUGGACUGGGUGCAGUGCUUUCCCAUGUCAUGCCGGAUGGCACGGAGCGCCCCAUUUCUUUUGCCUCCAGGUCUUUAACCUCAGCAGAACAAAACUACUCCCAGAUUGACAAGGAAGCUUUGGCCAUUGUAUGGGCCACAAAAAAAUUUCACGCGUACGUCUAUGGUCGGGAGUUCACACUUAUCACUGACCACAAACCUCUGUUGUCAAUACUGAACCCUCAGAAAGGAAUUUCUACAACAACCGCAUCUCGCUUACAAAGGUACGCUUUAUUUUUAGGAGCUUAUGCUUAUUCGAUCAGAUACCGCUCCCAUGAUACCCAUGGCAAUGCAGAUGCAUUUUCCAGAUUGCCACUAAGAGAUGACCACCCACUAAGAGAGGUACGUGUAGUGGAAGUACACAGGCCACAAUCUUGCAUGUCCACCUCCCUGAUUGCCAGACAUACAGCCACAGAUCCUUUCCUGUCUCAGAUAUUCUCUUAUGUUCAGACUGGAUGGCCAGAGAGUGUUUCAGGUGACUUUCGUCCGUACUUUGCCAGAAAAUGUGAGCUUGUGACUAAUGUUGGUUGCCUACAAUGGGGCAAUAGAGUGAUUGUACCCCAGUACUUGCAAUCAACCAUGCUAAGGAUACUGCAUGAAGGCCAUCCUGGUGUGGUGCGCAUGAAGCAGCGGGCCCGGAGCUGUUUGGUGGCCACAAAUGGAUACAGCAAUUGAAGAUUAUGUUGCUCAAUGUCCUGGGUGCUGUCAAGCCCAGCGACCCCAAAAGAGAGGAACCCUGCAACCUUGGCCAUGGCCAACAGAACCGUGGUCCAGACUCCAUCUUGAUUUUGCUGGCCCCAUCCAGGGUAAAAUGUAUUUGAUCGUG